AUGCCUAUUGAAGUUGAGUUACCUGAAGUGAUUCUCAAUGGAAUCGGAAGAAAACCAAUGAAAACAUUGAAAUCGAGAGAUUAUAUUUUAAUCUAUGAAAAUGAAGAUAUAAUAAGAAAUAUUCGACCAAAUGAACAAAUUCUAAAUGAAAUAAAUCUUGAUCCUGGAGGAAUCAUUGUUACUGCAAAAGCCAAUGAAAAUAAUGAUCAAAUUGAUUUUGUUUCGAGAUUUUUUACUCCUCAAUCAAGUAUUUUUGAAGAUCCUGUCACUGGUUCAGCACAUUGUUCGCUGAUUCCUUAUUGGAGUGAACAAUUACAAAAAACAACAAUGAUUGCUUUACAAAUAUCAAAACGAAUUGGUAAAAUCUUUUGCGAAAAUUUAACUGAUCGAGUUUUGAUCAGUGGAACAUGUCAAACUUAUUUAGAAGGACAAAUUUAUAUCAAUGGUGAAUAA